AUGCACAUCUUCAUUUCUGGAGCCACCGGUCGCAACGGCCGCCUCGCUCUCGACAACGCUCUCUCCCGCGGCCACACCAUCACCGUCCUCACCCGCAACCCAUCCUCCCUCCCCUCAAACCCAAACCUCACCGUCAUCAAAGGAUCCCCCUCCUCCCCCCAAGACGUCCAAACCGCCCUCUCAACACCAACACCCCCCUCCGCCAUCCUCCUAACCCUCAACCAACGCCGCACCUCCGAAAACCCCUUCUCCCCCCUCUCCCCAGACUCUCCCCCGGACCUCCUCGCCACCACAACCAGCGUCCUCCUCGCCGCAAUUGCCGCAACGCCCUUCGCCCGCCCCCCCAAGAUCAUCGUAAACUCGCUCUUUGGCGCCCGCGACUCCUGGCAGAAUCUCAGCUGGCCCUUUCGCGCCGUCAUGAGCCACAGCACGAUGAAGAUUGCGGUCAAGGACCAUAAUAACAUGGAUACGUUGAUCCGCGACAGUGGCGUGCCGUUUGUCUUUGCGAGGCCGGCGAGGCUGACUGAAGGGCCGGCUGCAGAGGUCAAGGUAUGGCCUGAUGAUGGGCAAGGAUGUGGCUGGAAUGUGGUCAUCAGCAGGGAGAGCUUGGCAGCGUGGAUGGUCAGAGCAGCAGAGUCUGAUGAGUGGGAUGGCAAGUCGCCGGUGCUGACCAACUAA